AUGCCUCGCGCGGCUGCGCUGCUGCCCAAUCUGCAACCUUAGUAUGAGGAUGCGCUUGCUGAUGCUGCCGGCUGCCUUCAGCUUGGUUGCUGAAGCCAAUGAAGCCAAGCCGGGCGCCGGUCGAGGCACAACUAGAUCCAAGGAAAAUGUCUGUCGUGUUGCGCUCAAAUGGCCAACAGACCCCUCUUGA